GUUCUAGAAUGCAGGGCUCUUUAAUUUUUGACUGGUGUGUUUUCUAGAGCAUUAGUCAUCCUUUUUCAUGCCUGGGCCAGCAGAUAGACGCUUUCCAUUAGAUGGGGAAGAGAAGCCAGGGGGCAAAAAUCGUAAGAAAAAUAUCUCUUCUGGGGCUGCUAGAGCUGUCACUUCAAAAGAUGGAGGCAAAUCCACGGAAGCCAAAAAAGCUUCUAAUGUCACCCGGAAAACUGGCUCCUCAUCAGAUCCUGAAUCUAGGGAAAAAUUUGAAAAGUCACAACUGGAAGAAAAUGCUUUUGAAGAAUUGGAAAAGGAGUUCCAAGAUGUCAUCAAUGAACUUUCAGGAGAUAAAAGUCUGGAGAGAUUCAGGAUGGAAUAUGAGAAGCUUCAUGUUGUUAUGAAAAAGUCCUAUGAAAAUGAAAAGCGUUUGAUGGCAAAAUGUAGAGAGCUAAAUGCAGAAAUUGUUGUUAAUUCUGCUAAGGUAGCCACUGCUCUGAAACUGUCCCAAGAUGACCAGACAACCAUUGCAUCACUCAAAAAGGAAAUAGAAAAGGCUUGGAAAAUGGUGGAUUCUGCCUAUGAUAAAGAACAGAAGGCAAAGGAAACCAUUCUGGCACUGAAAGAGGAAAUAGUGAAUCUGAGUAAACUAGUAGAACAAGGAUCCGGAUUAUCACUGGGCCAAAGUAACAACAUCAGAGAUUUACUGAAAUAUAAGGAAGAAAUAACAAGGGAACGAGACCAGCUCUUGGCAGAAGUGGUGAAAUUAAGAGAGACUUUAACUUCGGUCACGGAGCAGCAUCAAAAAACCGAGAGAUUAAAAGAGGAAGCUGAGCAUACCAUCUCUCAGUUCCAACAAGAAAUCCAGCUUCGUCAGAAUGAAGCUUCCAGGGAAACCAGGAAGAAGGAGAAAAUGGAGAAAGAACUCAAACAGGUUCAGAAUGACAUGGAUGGAAAACAGAGUGAAAUAAAAACACUCCAGCAGCUUGUGCAGAAGAGUAAAGAAGAGAUCCAAAAAUUUGAACAACAGCUCAAAGAGCAGAAGAUCCUGAAUGAACGAGCUGCCAAGGAGCUGGAACAGUUUCAGAUGAGGAACACUAAGCUUCAGCAGGAGAAUGAGCAACACGUCCUGGCUUGUGAACAGAUAAGCCAGGAGAACCAGCAGAAGACGCUGGAACUGAAAGCUAAAGAGGAGGAAAUCCAUCAGAUGCGACUUGACAUUGCAAGACUUAACAAAAUGAGAGAGGUAAUACAUAAAAAACUGCACCAAGCUGAAGAUCAAAAGGCAGAAGUGGAACAGACCAAAGAAAUUCUCAAAAAUCAGAUUUGUGGAUUAGAGAAAGAGCUGGAGAUUACAAAAAAGCAAGGAGAACUUGAUAAAAAGGCUAUGGAUGAGCUUCUGAGAGAGAGAGACAUAUUAAAUAAGAACCUGCUGAAGGCUGUCAACGCCACUCAGAAACAGGUAGACUUAGUAAAACUUCAUGAACAAAACAAAAGGAACCUGGAAGAAGAAAUCCAGAACUACAAAGAUGAGGCUCAGAAACAAAGAAAGAUCAUCUUCCAACUGGAAAAGGAGAGAGAUCGUUACAUUAAUGAAGCUAGUGACCUCACUCAAAAGGUCCUUGCAAGCAUGGAAGACAUCAAGAUCCGUGAGAUGCAGCUUUUUGACUACAGGAAAAAAAUAGCAGAGUCAGAGACUAAGUUAAAACAACAGCAGAACCUGUAUGAAGCCGUAAGAUCAGAUAGGAACCUGUAUAGCAAAAAUCUGAUUGAAGCUCAGGAUGAGAUUACAGAAAUGAAGAGGAAGUUGAAGAUUAUGACUCAUCAAGUAGAUCAGUUGAAAGAAGAAAUAUCUUCCAAAGAAGCAGCUCUUGUGAAAUUACAUCUGGAACACCAGCGAAUAGAGAAGGAGAAGGAAACUCUGAAGGCUGAACUGCAGAAACUGAGACAACAAGCCCUUGAGACGAAACACUUUAUUGAAAAACAAGAAGCCGAGGAGAGAAAACUCCUGAGAAUAAUCACUGAGGCUGAUGCUGAGAGAUUGAGGCAGAAGAAGGAGCUGGAGCAGGUCAUAAGUGAGCGAGAUAUUUUGGGAUCUCAGCUGGUGAGGCGGAAUGAUGAGCUUGCUUUGCUCUAUGAGAAGAUCAAAAUCCAGCAGUCUGUACUGAACAAAGGAGAAAAUCAGUACAACCAAAGAAUAGAAGACAUGCGCAUUCUCAAACUGGAGAUCAAGAAACUGAGAAGGGAAAAGGGCAUUCUUGCCAAAAGUGUGGCAAAUGUGGAAGAACUCAGGCAGGAGCUUUUUCACAUGCAAAGAGAAUUCUUAAAGGAAAGGACCCGCUGCCGAGCCCUGGAGGAAGAACUGGAGAACCCCAUGAAUAUACACAGAUGGAGAAGACUGGAGGCCAGUGACCCCAGUACUUUUGAACUGAUACAGAAGAUCCACACGCUGCAGAAACGCCUCAUCAGCAAGACUGAAGAAGUAGUAGAAAAGGAGCUACUCCUUCAGGAAAAGGAGAAGCUGUAUGUGGAACUGAAGCACAUCUUAGCUCGGCAACCUGGGCCUGAAGCAGCUGAGCAACUGCAACUCUAUAGGCACACGUUAAGAGAGAAAACCAAACAACUGAAAGUUUUGUCUUCAGAACUGAAUAUGUAUGAGUCACAGAGCCAAGAGUACAAGUACGAGAUUGAGCGACUUGCCAAUGAACUUCUUAGUGUGAAGAAGAAAUACCUUACUCAGAAACGCAAGGAACAAAAUCAAAAGAAUAAGGACAGCCUCGCCAUUAUAGAAAAUACCUAUCCAACGCCCAGACCUGGCCCUCGAUAUACUGGUGGAGGAUUCCCCAUCAAUAAGACAACCAAAGCAGUAGCUUAAAAUCUGGAACAAUUAGCAGUACCCAAUUGAUUAAUCAAUUACAUUUGCUCAGAAUUGUUUGGAAGGCAUGUUUUCUAUGUCACAUGGAUGAGGAAUUUCCACUCAAUUCAAUACUUGGAUUCCAGGAAGCAAAAUGAAAUAAUACUCAAUAAGAAUCAGCAGAGUUGCAGACAUUUAACAAAGAUGAAGUUUGCGUUGAUCUGUGUGGAUAUAAACAGAUUGUACUUAGAUCUAUUCGGUUAAGCUGUUUGAGCCAAAUCUUUGGCUGUUACAUCUGAUUGACUUGAAAUGUACCAAACCUAGACACUCCACGUGGAAAAACUUUGGAGUUUAAUUUUUGUUUUUAGAUAAUAUGAUACUUUUGAUGUUUUGUAUUUUUAGAAAUGUUUUUGAAAUCUAGUGCAUAUUCUCCAGCCUUCUAAAUAAAAAGCUACUUUUUUAUCCUCUGUUAACAAGUCAAAAGACAAAGUAAUUGCAUGAGAUGCUGAAGAAAGUGGAACUCUCAAUCUUUUAAAAAUGAGUAUUUUGAAAAUGAUUUCUAUAUGGAAGCUAUCUUCAGGCCUGAGGGAAGAAAACUAUUCCAAAGAGACGUGCUAACAAUGUAUUAUUUUUAAAAAUCACAACAAAUACAAAAUAUUUUUAGAGAUUUUGAUAUUUGCUUUGUUAGAAUAUAUAAUAGUGAAGCCAAUGUAUGAAAACUUCAGAAUAAGGACUUAAUUUAGGGAACCAGUAAAAAUAUGGUAGAGAGCUGUUUUACCCCUUAUUCUAGGAGUCUGAGGUAUGGCUUCCAAUGCAUGUUUUCUCUUUGAUUUAAUAGCUAUUUGGGCUUCAUCUCAGAGUUCUCUCUCAUUAAGAGAAUGAUCUGCUCCUUCAGUAAUAGUAUUUGAAGGCACUGAUUUAUCUUUUUGGGCUUCCUUUUCUCUCUCUCUCUCUCUCUCU